AUGCCCAUCGGCAUCCAGCGGAUCAAUGCCAAAAAGUCACACCCCAAUGAGCGCAUCAUCUUCAUCAAGCCCCUCCCGGGCCCCAACGAGAAGAUUGCUCGAGAGUUUCUCGAACGCAUCGCUGCACAAUGUCUCCCCAUCAUGAAGGAUCACUCCCUCUCCGUCAUGUCUCUCGAGGAGUACGAGCCGAACCGCGAAUUUGUGGGCCGCAACUUCAACGCCGGCGAGGUCAUCCAGCUCGUUCUCAAGACCCGCGCCGGCCGCUGGCUGCCGUUUGAGUACGUCCAGAUGGGUCAUGAUGCACGAAUGAACCACUCGCGCGCCUUCUGGGCCGUCCGCAACGCCUACGCCGACAGCAUGCGCGCCCUCUGGUCACGCGGCUACACGGGCGACGGCCUCUGGGGCCGCGGUACGCUGCUCGCGUCGGGCGACUGGGCCGGCGACACGGCGCCGCUGGGCGAGGGCCUGCCGGAGCACCUCUGCGGCGGCACCUUCCGGUCGCGCGGCCGCCGCAAGCGCAAGGCCAAGCAGCCGCGGCUGUCGUACCGGGAGCAGAAGGAGAGGCGCAUCCUGAAAAAGUUUGGCGCCAACGGCGUCGCACUCGGCGCCGACGAGGCCGUCAAGAGCGAGCUCGAGAAGGGCAGGAAGACGGCCGCCAAGCCGAGGGUUGCUGGCAGUGCGAGGGGCAGGGAGCUGCGUGCCGCGGCGGCGCUGGCCCGGUUUGGGCAGCAAAAGGUGGAGCAGCAGGAGGAGGAAGACGACGACGACGACGAGCGUCUUGCGAAGAGCGAGAACGUCAGCGAGGAUGAGAGCGAUUACGAAGAUGACGUGGCGGACAUCAAGCACGAGGACGCCAUCGAUCUCAAUGGGCAGAGACUCCUCGACAAGGAUGGACGCGGCAUGAUCAAGGUGUGCGAGGAUGAGAACCCGGACGGUCAAGAUGCGCAGCAGGAACUACAAGAGUUGCGGUCGGCGCUAGAGCGCGAUGCAGAGUCAGUGGAGUGUCUGAUGUUUGGGCUGAAUGACGAUGAGGUCAGACUACAGUCUGAUGGUAUCCGACUGUUGAUGUCGCAAGAUCAGAGCAGAGUGAGACGUGUUCACUCGAGACUAGGCGGUCGAGAACGGUCUCCUUCUCGGGAUGCGACGACGAGGAGACACCACUGGGCGGUGCCAACUUUUAAUACUGGUCCGGCGGAGUCGGCACGCUAUUUCCACAAGACAGAGCAUCCAUCGGCUGGGGCUGGAGCCGCAUGA